AGGGGCGCACCCGCCCUGAGCGAAGCGCUUUACAGCAAGAAACGUGCUUCAGAACUUGUGGUACAGAUUUUGAAGGUCACUGACGCACUUCUGCAGAUUAGUUAUUGCCCAGUUCCAGGUAGUGUCAUGCAUAUAAGAACAUUAAAAUGGAUUUUUUUGUUUCUCCUUGUAUUUUCUGUCAUAACAAUAUGGUACGUAACUUUUUCUUCCUACACUGUGAUUGAGCAUACAAACCUCAUGUAUUUCUAUGAAUAUGAACCAAUUUACAAGCAACACUACCUCUUCACACUGCGGGAGCGCUUGAAAUGCAAAGACAUAAAUCCGUUUCUAGUCAUCUUGGUGUCUUCAAGUCCUAAGGAUGUGAAGUCAAGGCAGGCCAUCAGGAUAACAUGGGGAUCUCAAAACUUCUGGUGGGGACAUCGAAUUCUGACCCUGUUCUUAUUAGGUCAGGACACUCAAAGAGAAGACAAUGCCGCAGCACUGUCGGUAGAAGAUGAAAGCAUCCUCUAUGGUGACAUAAUUCGCCAAGAUUUUAUGGACACUUAUGACAAUCUCACCUUGAAAACGAUCAUGGCGUUUAGGUGGGUCACUGAGUUCUGUUCAAAUGCGAGAUUCCUCAUGAAGACUGAUGCUGAUGUCUUCAUCAACACCGCUAACUUGGUAAAAUUUCUUCUGAAGCUAAAUUCCUCAGAAAAUGUUUUUACUGGUUAUCCUCUUAUAGGUAACUUCGCCUACAGAGGCUUUUACAAAAAAACAUACAUCUCUUAUGAUGAAUAUCCAUUCAAGUUGUAUCCUCCAUAUUGCAGUGGGAUGGGUUAUAUAUUGGAUGGAAAACUGGCUCUGAGGAUUUAUGAACUGAUGAGUCAUAUCAAACCUAUUAAGUUUGAGGAUGUUUAUGUUGGAAUUUGCUUAAAUAUACUUAAAGUGAACAUCAGUAUUCCAGAAGAUAAACAACAAUUCUUCCUUUAUAAAAUUAAUUUUGAUAUCUGUAAGUAUAGACAUUUGAUUGCAGUACAUGGCAUUACAUCAAGUGAAAUAAUCGGGUUUUGGCAGGAUUUGUCAUCAAACACUUCAGUUACUUGCCUUUGAUUCUAUAUUAAUAUAUAAACUUAAACCUGUUUGGUGUAAAAACGUUUAAAGUAUAGGGCAACACAAAACAAAAACAGUUACAGAGAUGACUUCGACUGAAGGAGGGCUGUCCUGCUGGGGCAAAACUGCAGUGGCAGCUUUUCUCUGGGACAUUCUAAUAUUCUUAAAUAAAAAUAUUAGGCAUUCACAAAACACUUUUCCAUCUAUGUAUCCUACGCAUGCAGGAUACUUGGGAAUACACUGUCCUGUCUUCCUCUGACACUUCUCCACGUGGUCUGCUGUAACCACGUGAUUUCUACGCGAGUCUUCUGGAAUGUGUGAAAUGUCACCGAGGAAUAAUGUUUAUGCCAAGAAACCAGCUUUGAAGAUGCUUCCCAAAUUCCUACCUGGAAUUUUUAAAUUGUUUUUGCAACCGUGUCAUCCUUUGCUGCUCUUGAGUAUUUGUUCUUUGCCCAGCA